AAAGCCGUAGUAGUCAUGAACAUAGAGAAUGAUGUAGUAUAUAAAAUCUUUUUUUGCUUGACAGGGGAAGGGUCUGGCAACGUUAAUGACCCCAACAGGGAGAUGCUAGCAAAGACAGAGGUUUCUCUCACGCUCACUAAUAAAUUUGAUGUUCCUGGUGAUGAAAAUGCAGAGAUGGAUGCAAGGACAAUUCUGCUGAACACAAAACGCUUAAUUGUUGAUGUAAUCCGCUUCCAGCCAGGGGAGACACUGACUGAAAUCUUGGAAACUCCAGCUACAUCAGAGCAAGAAGCAGAGCAUCAAAGAGCUAUGCAGAAACGGGCCAUUCGUGAUGCCAGAACUCCUGAUAAGAUGAAAAAAUCCAUGUCUGUAAGGGAGGACAGCAACUUAAAUCUUCAGGGAAAAAAGAGAAAAUCAAGACAGGCCUGAAGAAGCUGACAGAACUGGGGAUAGUGAAUGCAAAAAAUAAAUACCAGGAACUAAUCAAUGACAUUGCAAAGGAUAUCCGAAAUCAGCGUAGAUACCGUCAGAGAAGAAAGGCAGAAUUGGUAAAGCUGCAGCAGACGUACAGUGCCUUGAAUUCCAAAGCUACCUUUUAUGGGGA